UGGUGAAUUGUUGUUGUUCAGAGUAGAGAGUAGAGAGUAGAGAGUAGAGAGUAGAGAGUUGAGAGUUGAGAGUUGAGAGAAGAGGGUUUGUUGACAUCAGUUAGUGAAAAUGCGUGAGAUUCUUCACAUUCAGGGAGGGCAAUGCGGGAACCAGAUCGGAGCCAAGUUCUGGGAGGUGGUGUGCGCGGAGCACGGGAUCGAUUCGACGGGGAGGUACCAGGGGAACAACGAGUUGCAGCUUGAGCGAGUCAAUGUUUACUACAACGAAGCCAGUUGUGGACGAUUCGUCCCUAGGGCGGUGCUCAUGGAUCUGGAGCCUGGAACCAUGGACAGCGUCAGAUCUGGUCCCUACGGUCAGAUUUUCCGCCCGGACAACUUCGUCUUCGGGCAGUCCGGCGCCGGUAACAACUGGGCCAAGGGUCACUACACCGAGGGAGCUGAGUUGAUUGACUCCGUUCUCGAUGUUGUCAGGAAGGAGGCAGAAAACUGUGACUGCCUUCAAGGGUUUCAAGUUUGUCACUCUCUUGGUGGUGGAACUGGUUCUGGAAUGGGAACACUUUUGAUCUCAAAGAUCAGGGAAGAAUAUCCCGAUCGAAUGAUGCUCACAUUUUCUGUGUUCCCAUCACCUAAGGUUUCUGACACAGUUGUUGAACCCUACAAUGCAACACUAUCGGUGCACCAACUGGUUGAGAAUGCAGAUGAAUGCAUGGUUUUGGAUAAUGAAGCUCUCUAUGAUAUUUGCUUCCGCACCCUUAAGCUCACAACUCCAAGCUUUGGAGAUCUGAACCAUUUAAUCUCAGCCACCAUGAGUGGUGUAACAUGUUGUCUUCGAUUCCCUGGUCAACUCAAUUCAGAUCUUCGCAAACUUGCCGUGAAUCUCAUUCCAUUCCCUCGUUUGCACUUCUUCAUGGUGGGAUUUGCCCCACUCACAUCCCGUGGAUCGCAGCAAUACAGGGCACUCACUGUACCCGAGUUGACCCAACAAAUGUGGGACGCCAAGAACAUGAUGUGCGCAGCUGAUCCUCGCCAUGGUCGCUAUUUGACAGCAUCCGCAAUGUUCCGUGGUAAGAUGAGCACCAAAGAGGUCGAUGAGCAGAUGAUCAAUGUUCAGAACAAGAAUUCAUCCUACUUUGUCGAGUGGAUUCCGAACAAUGUGAAAUCCACUGUCUGUGAUAUCCCUCCAACUGGUUUGAAAAUGGCAUCAACCUUCAUUGGCAAUUCUACUUCUAUUCAAGAAAUGUUCAGGAGGGUGAGCGAGCAAUUCACGGCUAUGUUCCGCAGAAAGGCUUUCUUGCACUGGUACACUGGAGAGGGUAUGGAUGAAAUGGAGUUCACCGAGGCUGAGAGCAACAUGAACGACCUUGUAUCGGAGUACCAGCAAUACCAAGAUGCAACUGCGGAUGAUGAGGGUUAUGAUUAUGAAGAUGAGGAGGAAGCUCCGGAAGAAGAUGAAGCUUAAACAGUAGUAGUGUUUUGGAGGCUGUUUCUGUUUGUGUUGUGAUAAUGUGUCAAUGUUGUCCUUUUUCUUUUUUUACCUGAAUACCUUUUUCGGGGUUUUGGACUGUUUUGGGGCGCUCUGCCUGUCGUUGUGACUAUGGUAGGUUAGAAUUUUUACUGUUCUGCAUGUUUUCAUUAUUGUUAAAAAAUGGUGUCCCUUUUUCUUUUCUGGAAGAUUGAAAACCAACCUAGAUAUAUAUGGAUAUCGUUCUUCAUGUUAAGCUUGCA